AUGGCGGCGAAUGGGUCUGGUGGUGAUCGGACGGCGGCGACGGAGGCAGAAGUGAAAGCGGUUGGAAGGAGGGAAGAAUUGCUGUUGAGUAGAUUGCCGAAAUGGAUUCAUGUUCCACCUUCAGAGUCUUUUCAAUAUAUAGUCGGCGAUGAUCAAGGAUGGUCCAUUCCAUCUGGUUCAGAUAUUGGAUACUAUAAUAAAUGGGCAUCUAAUCACAGAUUCAGAGUCGAAGAUACUCUCCGGUUCAAUUAUAAAGACGAUUCUGUAUUGGUGGUGACUCAAGAUGAUUAUGACAAAUGUUUGUCUACUCAACCUAUCUACUUUUCUAACGACGGCAACACUACUGUCUUUACUCUUGAUAGUCCGGUCAUGUUUUAUUUCAUCAGUGGUGUCUCCGGUCAUUGUGAAAGAGGUCAGAAAAUGAUAGUAAAAGUCUUGGAGGAACACGAAACUUCUUCAUCGCCACCGCCGAGUGAUGAAACUGCCAAUAGCAGCAGCUCGUCGUCUUCGUCGCUUAGAUUAAUGGCGCCUCUUGGUGUCUCCGGUCAUUGUGAAAGAGGUCAGAAAAUGAUAGUUAAAGUCUUGGAGGAACACGAAACUUCUUCAUCGCCACCGCCGAGUGAUGAAACUGCCAAUAGCAGCAGCUCGUCGUCUUCGUCGCUUAGAUUAAUGGCGCCUCUGAACAGUGAUAUUUCAUUCUUGCAUAAUAAUAACGUUAGACUCUCAAAGUUCCAAAAUGAACUGAGAGUGAUGAACCAUUCUAUCCUUAGAACCAUGUCAUAG